AUGGCGAGUUCCAUCCCCAUCCAGGGAAUCCAGGUGUCUACCAUCAGGCAUGCGCACCUCAAACCCACGCUCCUGAGCACCUCCUGCAUUAGUACUGUCAAGACCACAGGUGAUAGCCAGAGUCCAGUGCUGCAAAAGCCGGAGCGUGCUUCCUAUACCCUCCACUCACACUUUCUUAGCCGAUUACACCUCAAUAAGAAGGCAACAGACAAACAGCCAUACAGCAAGCUCCCAGGGGUGUCUCUUCUGAAACCACUGAAAGGAGUAGAUCCGAAUCUCAUCAACAACUUGGAAACAUUCUUUGAACUGGAUUAUCCCAAAUAUGAAGUUCUCCUUUGUGUACAAGAUCAUGAUGAUCCAGCCAUUGAUGUAUGCAAGAAGCUUCUUGGAAAAUAUCCAAAUGUUGAUGCUAGAUUAUUUAUAGGUGGCAAAAAGGUUGGCAUUAAUCCCAAAAUUAAUAAUUUAAUGCCAGGAUAUGAAGUUGCAAAGUAUGAUCUUAUAUGGAUUUGUGAUAGUGGAAUAAGAGUAAUUCCAGAUACACUCACCGACAUGGUUAACCAAAUGACAGAGAAAGUAGGCUUAGUUCAUGGACUGCCAUAUGUAGCAGACAGACAGGGCUUUGCAGCCACAUUAGAGCAGGUGUAUUUUGGAACUUCCCAUCCAAGAUCCUAUAUCUCUGCCAAUGUGACUGGUUUCAAGUGUGUGACAGGAAUGUCUUGUUUAAUGAGAAAGGAUGUGUUAGAUCAAGCGGGAGGGCUUAUUGCCUUUGCUCAGUACAUUGCUGAAGAUUACUUUAUGGCCAAAGCAAUAGCUGACCGAGGCUGGAGGUUUGCGAUGUCUACUCAAGUUGCAAUGCAAAACUCUGGCUCAUACUCAAUUUCUCAGUUUCAGUCCAGAAUGAUCAGAUGGACCAAAUUGCGAAUCAAUAUGCUUCCUGCUACAAUAAUUUGUGAGCCAAUUUCAGAAUGCUUUGUCGCCAGUUUAAUUAUCGGAUGGGCAGCGCACCAUGUAUUCAGAUGGGAUAUUAUGGUAUUUUUCAUGUGUCAUUGCCUGGCAUGGUUUAUCUUUGACUACAUUCAACUCAGGGGUGUCCAGGGUGGCACACUGUGUUUUUCAAAACUUGACUAUGCCGUAGCGUGGUUCAUCCGUGAGUCCAUGACAAUAUACAUUUUUUUGUCGGCACUAUGGGACCCUACGAUAAGCUGGAGAACUGGUCGCUACAGAUUACGCUGUGGAGGUACAGCAGAGGAAAUCCUAGACGUCUAACUACAGCUUUGUGACUGUCCAUAAAGAAAAAAAAAAGUAUUAUAAAUUAUGUUUAUAUAAAUGCUUUUAAAGAUCUA